AUUCGAUGGUGUUGAGCUUCUUGGAGAGAAUCUCGCCGCAACUUCUAACGCCAUAGCGAUAAGAUCAGGAUGGACAUUGUCACCGAAACCAUGCUGCCCACCACCAAUGUUGGGAAAGACCUGGAACAGGCCAUGGAGCUGGCUAAGGAGCAAGCAAGAGCCAUGGAAAUAGCGCAGCCAAAAGACCGAGCAAGUUUCCCACAAGAAAAUUCUGCCUUUCCCAAGAGCCCAACUUCUGAAGGCAACGCCCUUUCCAAGGAGAUCCAGAUCCAACAGGGAGCAACGCUACCUUCAGGGAAAGACGCUUCAGUCAUGACAAACGAAACAACUGCGGGGGAUGAAGGACAUCCCAGCUCUCCCUUUGCAUUCAUCACUCCUAAUAGACCUGAUCAGAGCGAGUCCAGCAAGACCAAAGGAGUCUCCAAUCCAGCAAUCGAUGAGUUUUUGGCGAGUGCUUUGAUUGAUAUGGAAGAAAUGCCCACACAACCAGGCUCCACCGCUACAAGCAACCAAAGAAACCCCUCCAAACCUGGGGCGUACGCCAUUGCUCCAACCGGGGGGUCAUCCAGUCAUGAAACACAGGAAGCAGUCAACCCGUCACCCGACACUGUUGUGUCUCUGAACGAUGCCGAGUCAGGUCUAGCGGUUGCCAACCCAGUGUCUUUCCAUGAAAUGUCCCAGGACUUUUUGCCCCCUGCAAAAGAACUGAAAGAACGAGAAACCAACCUGCCAACCACUGAGCACGGGACAAACCUUCCAGUUCUCUUGGGGUGUGUUUUGAUGCUCUUUGCAACGAUUGUGGUAGGUGUUGUCAUGGGGAUCGCCACUCAAGAAAACUCAGGAGUACCCUACCCGCAAGCUGGCAGCGAACCUAAGGAACUGUUUCCACUAUCCGAGUAUCCCUCGGGUGCACCCACAACGCUUGCUGAUGCCUGGGCAGGGCUUCCAGAAAGCACAAUCCUUGCCCUAGAAGACCCAAUGACUCCACAAUCAAGAGCCUAUGAAUGGAUCAUGAAUGAUCCCAACAGAACAUCCUACCCUGACUGGAAAGUACUUCAAAGAUUUGCUCUAGCUGUCUUCUACUACAGCACUGGUGGGGAAGAAUGGAAUCUACAGAAGGACUGGCUCAGCUACACUGUGGAUGAAUGCUCUUGGUAUUGCAGAGGCCUAGCAGGUGGAGUAGAACACUUCUUCUUGCAUGAGGGAAUUGCAGAGUUGGCAUCAGAACAGGAGUUGGUCGACUCUGCCUGCAACGAUGACGAGAAGUACUCGAACUUGGUGUUUACAGAGAACAACAUGUAUGGAACUCUUCCACCUGAGCUUUCAUUGUUGAGUGACUCAUUACUUUAUUUGGAAGUUGGAGCAAAUGAGAACAUCUAUGGCUUGAUUCCCUCUGAGAUUGGCCUCAUGACAAGCCUGAAGAGGUUCUAUACAGACCGAAACCAACACACUGGCCAGAUCCCAACUGAAAUAGGUCAGCUUUGUCAGCUUGAAGAACUCGAUCUGGGAAGCAAUCUCUUCACUGGAUUUAUCCCAAGUGAAAUUGGCAACAUGGAAGCCUUGAGCUUUCUAAGCUUGCGGUAUAACUCUGACAUGACAGGCACACUUCCAACGGAGCUCUACGGAUUGACCAACAUGGUCACCUUCCAAGUUCAAAAAUUGGAGAAGCUUAUUGGUGGGAACAUCCUUCCCGAGAUUGGCCGAAUGACCAAGUUGGAUUACUUCAAUGUCCAUCACAUCACAUUCAAUAGCUCACUUCCCACAGAGAUUGGCUUGCUCUCAAAUAGCCUACGUCGGCUGAAUGUGUGGAACUGCAGCAUCACAGGAACUCUCCCGAGUGAGUUGUUCCAGCUAACCAACAUGUGGAGGAUAGACAUUGAUGACAAUGAAAUCACGGGAACAAUCCCAACAGAAUUUGGGCGAUUCACCAAUUUGACCAUGGCUUGGAUGAAUGGAAACAGCUUCUCCGGGACACUUCCUGCCUCCAUCUUUGACAGCUGGGGACAGCUUUCUUACCUCAAGAUCCACAACAACAAUUUGGAAGGCCCACUGCCAUCAGAGCUUGGUCAGUUGACCAAUCUGAGACUGCUCUGGUUGUCUCAUAAUCAAUUUUUUGGGACCAUCCCAUCACAGCUAGGGCUGCUCAACAAUGUGACAGAGCUGUUCCUCCAUGAUACCAACCUGGUUGGUACCAUCCCUGAAAGCUUGACAGAUAUGGCUGAGUUGGAGAUGCUGACUGUAUCCAAUACAUCACUGACUGGGUCCAUUCCAAAUCCCCUUUGUGACCAAAUCUGGGACAUGACCCAUACUUGCAAUGUCUACUUUGGGGGGAUGUGGACACUUUGCUAUGACGUGGAGAGGGUCAACUUUACCUGCUCGUCCUCCAAUCUUUGUGGCUGUGAUGUCUGUGGAGCUUGCAACAGUUCAACAAUUGGCAGUUAGUGCCAGCAAUUUUGGAUGAUACUACAUCUAUAAUGUAUAAAUGUAU